UCUUAAUGGACAAACCUUUGACCUGUUUUCACAGUGCAUUAUAGUAACGUGAGGGAAACGUAGAAAGCUCUAACUUUCGACAGGUAUUGACCUUUAAUCAAUUCUCAGCUCUGCAGAAAAAAAUCCCCACAGAAUGACAAGCGGGUUGCAGGCGGAAAUAUCUCAGUUCCUUUUCUACACAAGAUAUUGAUGACAGCGAGUUCUGCAUGGGUUUCAGAUAUAGUCCGGCUGUGUAAUUCGGCCAUUUUUCUGUGGUAUGUACUUAUGAUCACACGUAUUCCGUCGAUUGCAUGUAUUUUUGCAUGGAGGAAAGGAUAUAUUACCAAUGAUAUUGAAGAUAUAAUGGAUAUCCUGCCGAAAUACACCACAACGUAAUUAUGGAGGAACGUAAUUAUCGUGAAAUGAGAAGCGGCGAUGGUAAAGACGUGCUUGUCGAAUGGAAAUCCUGUUUAAUGGAGGAUGAGGAAUGGUCUCUUCCGCGCGUACGAUCUCCGUCGGUCGCUAGGGGUAACGGUUUCUUUUCAAAGCAACAUCAACAUCAUCCCGUAGUGCGUUCUCCGUCUUCCCCAACGUACAGUUUCUGCAGCUCUCGCCUCCGUUGGGUAAACAUAGUAGAGCAGCUGCUACUGGGAGUCACAAAUUCUCACAGUCCUGUGAAUGCAUUGUCUGCGCUCCCUCAUACAAAGAAAGAACUGUGUAACGUCAAUGGGGAAGUAGUAAGCAGACGACAGCUUCGUCGAAGGAAUCGCGAUACUCAUCACGCGAAUGAAAUAUCUUUUAUAUCAGUCGCUCACUUUUCGCUAGGGCGAAACGGACGUAUAUUUGAGACCAGUUUUCCUGUAGACAAAACUGACGAAGGUGGAAUAUUUGCUACAGACCACACAACACUGUCGUCACCAGCAUCAACAUCAUUGAUUCUAACACAGGAAUUUACCAGUAACUCUUCGAGCAGUGGUGUAUGUUGUAAGAAAGAUUGUAACCGCACUAGCGAACGUUUCAUCAGCUUCUUCGCCAUGCCUGUCCCGGAGAGUUUCAGGUCGACCUGGAGUACUGAACACGUCCCUUCUCUCCACAUUUCUGCCUCGCCGGAUAAACUGCAAAAACUCAAGGAAUUACGACGAGAUGAUAAUUACAAUAUCGAGGUAGGAGUAAUAGGCCUUUAAUGUUCCCGAGAUAGUAUCUUCUCAUUUCAUCUUUCUUCCCAAAUAUCGUAUUGGCCCCUAUUUUUCGCCAGGCACUUCAACCACAGACAUGACAGAGUUAAGUGUCUCAAAGAUAAAGAUCACCAUGAUCACGUAUUUCAUUCAUUUUAAGUCAUUUUCCUGAUCUGGGUGUAAUGGAUUUUCAGCCAUUAUGUAACGAUUAUCAGCUUAAAGGAAAUGAGUAUUUUUAAAAUUUUACCUAUUUCCUCAUUUGAUUUGAAAUUAGUAUUUUAUAUCCGUUCAUAAUUUUCAUGUCACCAUAUCAUCUUUGUUGAUAUACCUGCCAGACAAUGAUGUGUGACAUAUAGUUGAUGUUUUUAUUUACUUUCCACCGACUGACUGGAUAAUAUAGAUGCACAUUGUACACUGUACUAAUCAGUGAAUUUAUAUUGCAGACACAAACUCAAAUUUUUCCUUUUUGCUCUUGUAUAUCAUAUAGAGUUAUGUGGAAGACACUUCACACAACAAAGUGACAAUGGCUUUUGGAUGCAAUCUGCAUUUGGUUUUAUUUAUUCAAAUUUCCCAGUGAUCGACGGUACUGUCUAAAUUCUAAAGGUUAUAUUGAUUAAUUCAUAUGAAAUGAAAAGUGGAAAAAGGUACUAUUCCCAUAUGCAGCCAUAGAUCCAAGUUCAGUUUUAAUCGUUUUGAAUCGGUUGAAUGGUUACGAAGAUUAUUGUAUUCACAAGAGAUUAAUCGGGGUGCAUGAUUGCAUAUUGGUUUGGAUGGUCGGAUUGAGAUCUAAAUGAAGCUUACAUCUUUAUACAAAAGUCAUUCGGUCACAUCAGGACCAUAUUGUUCAAUGAUGAAAACUUGAACAAAUAAUGUGUCUUAUAGAAUGCAUUACAGUGAGAAAGCGAAGAAAAAUAACUGACAAUCUCCACCCUAAAUCAUGACCGACAACACGAUUCGUUUUCAAUUCACCCUAUCCCCUACACUGUAAAAAAUAUUGGGUAAAAUUUUUACCACCACGAGGGUGAUGUGUCCAACCAAUUUUGGGCAGUAUUUUACCAAAUGCGGGAAGCAUUUUGUCCAGUAAGGUUAAAAAUAAGCAGCAAUUACUUUAGAAUGGGCAAAAUUUUCAUCACAUUUGAUACAUAAAAAUGCCCAAAAGAAAUGCCCAAUGUAGGUUGGACACAUAAUUACCCCCAUGGAGCACUUUUACCCAUUUUUUUUUAGUGUAUCCUCCCAAUAUUCUUCACAAUCAUUAUACAACUGAUACAAUUAUCAUCCUCAUACUAAUCAUAAUGAUAAUCACCAUCAAUUGUAUUGUCAUAUCAUAACGUUAUUGUUGAUAUCACCAUCAUUAUCAUCUUUAUCCUAAUCCUUAUAUAUCAUCCUCUUUCUCUUGCGAUAAUGGUCAUUACGAUAAUGAUCAUACUCAAACUCAUACUAACCAGUAUGAAUUUAAUCGUCACAUCAUUACUUAUCGUGUUUGGUCAUAUU